UUUCUUAGCUUUCCCUCCAUUUACCCUCCUGCUUCUGUAGUCUUUAGUGUAUGCUGCCGAGCAAUUUUCUAUUUACUCCACACGAACACAGCUGUAGUUUACAAAAUGAGGGCAUGUUUCUAUUUAAUGUCUGAAUCGUGACGGAUUCUCGGGGACGUAUGGAUACAAUCGGUGGUGAUAACUGGCGGAGACGCACGAGAAGCGCGCGAGCCUGCUCCAAGCAACAAACUGGGGCACGAGCUGACGAGUCCAAUGUAUUGCGGUGUCUGAGCGUUGGAAACACGGAAGAAGGCCAUGACAUGGAGGAGGACAUCGGCCUCUUCAAGCAAGACCAUUUGGAGCGAAGGGUUAUGGCUCCCCGCUACAACCUGCUGCGUGAGGUGGGAAGGGGAACAUACGGCGUGGUGUACGAAGCGGUGGCCCGGAGGUCCGGGGCGAAAGUUGCCGUGAAGAAGCUGCGAUGCGAUGCGCCGGAAAACGUGGAGCUCGCACUACAGGAGUUCUGGGCGCUGGCCAGCCUGGAGAAACGGCAUGAAAAUGUAGUGCAGCUGGAAGAGUGUGUGCUCCAGAGGAACGGCAUGGCUCAGAAAAUGAGUCAUGGGAACAAACGGUCCAAACAGUACCUGCGUUUGGUGGAGACUUCACUGAAAGGUGAGAGAGUGCUUGGACCUCCAGAGGAGCCUUGUUACCUCUGGUUUGUCAUGGAGUUCUGUGAAGGCGGCGACCUCAACCACUUCAUCCUGUCUAGGCGGCCCAACCCACAAACCAACAACAGCUUCAUGCUCCAGCUGACCAGCGCUGUUGCUUUCCUGCAUGAAAACAACAUUGUCCACAGAGACCUCAAACCUGACAACAUCCUCAUCUCUGAAAAGUCAGGGUCUCCAGUUCUCAAGGUGGCCGACUUUGGCCUGAGUAAAGUGUGCGCUGGUUUAGGACACACCAGUGAGGGCAAAGAAGGUGAAGACAAGAACAAAAAUGUUAAUGUAAACAAGUACUGGUUGUCAUCUGCAUGUGGCUCGGACUUCUAUAUGGCUCCGGAGGUGUGGGAGGGCCACUACACAGCCAAGGCUGACAUAUUUGCCCUUGGCAUCAUCAUGUGGGCCAUGUUGGAGAGAAUUACCUUCAUCGACGCUGAGUCUAAACGGGAGCUCCUGGGUACAUAUGUGAGACAAGGAGUGGACAUCGUGCCAGUGGGUGAAGCACUGCUAGAGAAUCCAAAGAUGGUACUGAACAUCCCACAGAAACGCAGGUCAUGCAUGUCCGAUGGAGUCAGGAAGCUGCUGCAGGACAUGCUCGCCGUCAACCCUCAGGACCGGCCAGAUGCUUUUGAGCUACAGGCCAGAGUGGACCAGGUCAUGUGUGCUUCAUGACCCUCAACCAGAUUGUUUUACAGACUGGUGUUUGUACUGGGAGCUGCUACCUGAGUGAGGAUCUCACUGUUUGAUCAGAAGACUGUGAAAAUAAAGGAGAAGCAAAGGAAACACGUUCCUCCUGAAGUCUGGAUGCUGAAACGGGAUUUUUUUCUAUGGACUUGUUUACAGUGACGUCAUCUGCCAAUUCUGAUAGAGAAUGUUUGUCUUGCCAUGAAUAUUAUAGUAAACCAAGAAAUAUUACACCUACUGCUCAGUGGGAAGCUUGAUUAAACUGACAUAGCCAUGCCUCCUUUAAAGAAUAGAGGUCUGGGGAAAUUGCCAUCAGAAAACAUGAUAGUGACAUUGCUGAACCAUCGAUUGACUCUAAAUUUAAGCUAAGGUGCAGCGUUAGUUUCUGUAUGUGUUCACAGCGGUCUCCAUGUGUCAGGCAUUUUGAAAAUAUUUAAUGAAAACACUGUGGCGUCAUAUACUGGAAACCUCUCUCUUUAUGUGGUGGAGUUUGUUAUUUUGUCUAAAACUUCAGUGAAGUCUGGUUGUAUGUCAGAUGUUUUACUUUGCUGACAGUUAGGAUUGUAUUCCCCAUGCAUACUUGUCUUGUGGUGGUGUGUUUCCUGUUGAUUACAACUAGUAAACAACAUCACCAUGUGUCACCCCAGUGAGAUUUGAUAACUGUAUGUGCUGACAGAAAACAGCGUCACAUCCCUUUUUUCUGUUGUUGGGUUUUUAUUUCUCCAGAUCUGUAGGUUUACAUGAAAUAGUACAACACUACACAGGAGUCAUUUGUUUGUAGGAGUAGGUGACAUCUGUAAAAUAUUCUUUCAUGGUAUAUGUAAUUUCAUAUUGCAGUAUCAGUAUAAAUUGUCAUUUUUUUCUUAGAUUGAAUUGACACUCUUUUGGCUAAUCCAGUGAAUUAAGUACUUAAAGAUGUCCUGUGAAUUCAGUACUGUGAUAAAGUAGCCAUCCACAUUGACUCACAGCAUUGCUCACAAUGACCUGAUGCAUCCAAAGCUUUUUAAGUGAUAGUUAGCUAAAUAAGAACUAUAAUAUAGAAUUUGUAACAAAUUUUUACAGCCUCCCAGUAAAAAUUGUCAUUUCAUCUAACCCUAGGUGUUGCAAACCGUCUCUCCAUUUAGUCCUCAGUUAGGCAUCUUCAGUGAAACAGUCUGCAGGCUGUGUUUCACUGAAGACGCAGUGUCUAAGUAUUUUCAGUUAGUUGUUUCUCAUGAACACAUCGCAAAUUUUUGUCCCCAUGAAUGCAGAAGCCCUUAAAGUAAAUCCCAGGUCAAAUUUAAGCAGCAUUGUAGUCAAAGAGUUGAUUUGUUUUCUGCCCCCUUUGGACAUAAUAAAGUCAGUGUUUAACUUUUAAAGUUUGCUAAAAAAAAACGUGAAAACAUCUGUUAUUAAUAGGUUUGGGAAAGCUAAACUGUGUUGAAAAGAAAAGCAGAAACGCGUCCCAAGGUAUAUCAGGAGACGUUUUACAUUGUCAUUUUCAUUUUCAUUAUUUUAACCCACUUAAUUGCCUUUGACCAGAAACCCAGUGCUGAGAUCCGGUUAUUUGACCGCCAGUCACUGAAAUGUGACCUCAUGGACAUGUUGCUCCUCUGAUUUCCACUGUAGUCUCAUUGUUAAUACCUACGGUGCCUUGAAUUUGCUAGUCAGGUAAAAUUUGGCUCCAGAUCAGUUGCUAUAUUUCUGUUUGAUGUGGCACUUCAAACAUGGUACAUGGUCUUGAUAAUUUAGUCUCUUCAGUAUUUUGGGUAUAAUUAUGGAUGAGGUAUAAAAAAUGGAUUUCCCAUAUAAUCAUUUGAAAUAAGAUUUUAUUUGUAUUAUGUUUUUAUCCCCAGUUUAUCUAUGGUCCAUUUACUUGUUGAGUAGCGUCAUGUUUUUAAAGGGAACUGAAGAUUGAAUGUUUGAACAGGUGCCAUUUGUGUUAAGGGAGAAAAGCUGCAGGGUUAUUUUAUAUAGUUUAUUCUAAACUAAGAUGAACAGGAUCUGGUUCCUGUUAGGAGAUACUCAGACUUGAUGGAAGUGUUGCUAAAGCAGGCCAUUGUGAUUUGUAAUUGUGCCUGCAUGUGAUUGAAAGUGGAGUGUGAAAAAUAUCGACUUUAGAAUGGUUUUGGAUCAUUUGUACAGAGAGCCACGUUGAUGUUUUUGCCCUGAAACCAAAGGUCUGAAGUCUGUAAUAUGUCGAACUAAACUGGGACACUGAAUGACUUAAAAAAAAAUCCUGUUUCUUUCUAACUGUACUACCUCAUGUUUCUGCACCUUUUCACAUUUUGUUCUCUGAGCCAUAGUUUGAUUUUUCCAACAAAGACAUUCCUCAGUUUGAGACAACCUGGCAGAUUUUAAGGCAACAGCUUUUUAUUUAAUGUCAUCACAGUGUUUGUUGGGUGUGUGCAGUUUUCCUUUGAUUGUGAGUGCGUCAUAUUGGUUUGUCAGUUGCGUGACUGUUUCUUUCUGUUUGUGCUGAUGCAUUGUGAGAAAUGGGUUUACAUUGAUACAGAUGUUUACACACCAUUAGCCCAGCAUAGGCCAUGAUGUACUUUGGUUAAUUUCUUCUGUGAAACCCAUGUCUCAGUUCCCUUCUUGUAUUUCAGUAAUGUAUGAGUGUUUGAUUGUGCAGGGUAGAAAUGAGAAUCUUGAACUGGAGAUGAGCCAAUGGUAGCGCUAAGCUAAAGAUCCCAGCUCACACACAGUUUGGAUUUCUGAGGAACAGCUUUUAUUUAACAGUAGAGGAAUGUACUUUAAAUAUCAAGAGAUUAAAGCAACCCCUCAAAAUGUUCCUGUCAGUGUGUGUGGAGGUCUUCCUUUGGUGUUGUUGAAAAUGUACCUGUAAAUGUGUGCAGGAACACCGCAUUUGACUAAUAGGUCAAUCAUUUUACAUGCAGCUGUCUUCUAUGCAACUCAGCCUCCCUGGAUACACUGUGGAACAGUCCAGGCCUGGCUGAUUUUGUUGUUAGUCCUCUGCUUCUCAUCCUGACAGGAACUGUACUAUACAACUGGACCCUGUUGUGCUCAGAUGACUUGACCCUUUAUCUCCACAGAACACAGUCCUUGGUUAAACAUGACACUAAAGACAUUUGCUUGAAUGAAACCUGUUCAUUUUUUUAUUGCUGACUUUGUACAUAUCAGGGCUCUGUUUCAAUAAAGGUUGGAAAUACCUCAGAUCUGUGUGAAUUCUCUACAUUUGCAUGACAAUGACUGGAAUGUGUGGGAGACGUGGGAAGGCAUUCAGUAAAGGCUGAGGAUAUUGUGAGCAUCCAUGACAGUUAGCAGGGUGUGCCUAUCUCACCCUUCCAUGUACCCACAUGAUCGGGCAAAUAGGAUUAACUGACAACAGGUGUCUUCACACUCAGCAUGACAAGUGAUGUAAUAUUAUUACUUUCAUUAAUGUUGUUGUAAGCUACUGUCAUUACCUGCAUCUCUCUCUCUCUCUCUCUCUCUGUGUCUCAUUGUGUCAUAUGGAUUACUGUUAAUUUAUUAUGCUGAUCUGUUCUGUACGACAUCUAUUGCACGUCUGUCCGUCCUGGAAGAGGGAUCCCUCCUCAGUUGCUCUUCCUGAGGUUUCUACCGUUUUUUUUCCCCCGUUAAAGGGUUUUUUUGGGGAGUUUUUCCUUAUCCGCUGUGAGGGUCAUAAGGACAGAGGGAUGUCGUAUGCUGUAAAGCCCUGUGAGGCAAAUUGUGAUUUGUGAUAUUGGGCUUUAUAAAUAAAAUUGAUUGAUUGAUUGAUU